AUGCUUCUAUACCCUAUUCGCCAACAGACAUGGGAAUAUUAUCACUCGGACAUUCAGCCAGGAAGAAUUCUAGGAGAAGGAGCUUACGGAGUGGUGCGAGAGGGCGUGUUAAGAGGCAAAUCCGGGAGAACCAUUCCUGUGGCCAUAAAGCAGACUAAGUCUCACACUGAACUUGACAAGGCAAAAAUCAAAGAAAUGAUGAAGGAAGCACGUUUGAUGCGAUUAUUCAAGCAUAGAAAUGUUGUGCGUCUCUACGGUGUGGCAGUGGACGAGCAACCGCUUCUCAUCAUUCUAGAACUUGUGUCUGGUGGAGCACUGAACAACUUUCUGAGGGAAUAUGGUGAGCGCAUCGAAAUGAAGGAAAAGAUCGUUAUGUGCAUUGGAGCUGGGUCAGGAGUGGAGUAUCUCCACUCCAAUGAAUGCAUGCAUCGAGAUCUUGCUGCGAGAAAUUGCCUCAUUACCAAGGAAAGAGUGGUACGUAAAAAAAUGACAACCGUUCGAAAGGUAUAG